GACGAACUUCAAAACGAUCGUACUGUAAAAUACUUAGAAACGAUAAAUAUAAAACGGUUUUAAUAAUAAAAAAAAAUAAAAAACAGAUACAAAAUAUAACGAGCUCCCGCAAUCUUAACUUCACAAUCACGUUGUGAUUGUGUUGACAAAUCCCGUCAACCGAGUGCAACUUUACCUUCUCAACAACAACAACAAUACAGUACAAAUCAAAUAAAUAAUAAUUUCGCCGAGUGUCCGCAGCAUUCCAAUGCUACUGUGACAGGCCAAAAGGAGCAUAGAAUGAUGUCACCGAAACGCUGGAUUUUAUUGUUAAUUUUCUAUAUAUCCUAUUUAAUGUUUGGUGCUAGUAUUUAUUAUCACAUUGAACAUCGUAUAGAGGCUGAGCAAAUACAAGAAGAUCAAAAGGAUCGUGCUAGAAUACAUUCUUAUUUAAUUGACCAACUAGAGGACAAAAAUGUCACUACACAAAAUGAAAUUUUGGAACGUAUUACCGAUUAUUGUGGUAAACCGGUAACAGAUCAUACACAAGAUGAGGCGGAACCCUAUUACAAAUGGACCUUCUAUCAUGCAUUUUUCUUUGCCUUUACGGUAUGCUCCACGGUGGGUUAUGGCAAUAUCUCACCCACCACCACUUUGGGACGUAUGAUUAUGGUUGUCUAUUCCGUCAUAGGUAUACCAGUCAAUGGUAUAUUAUUUGCCGGUUUGGGUGAAUAUUUUGGCAAGACGUUUCAAUCCAUUUAUCAUCGUUAUAAAAAGUACAAAAUGUCGAAUGACAAACAUUAUGUGCCGCCCCAACUAAGUUUAAUCUCCACCAUAUUAAUAGCUUUGGUGCCGGGUAUUACUUUAUUCUUGCUAAUACCCUCUUGGGUGUUUUCCUAUUUUGAGGGUUGGUCUUAUCCGCUGGCCUUUUACUAUUCCUAUGUAACCACUACCACUAUAGGUUUUGGUGAUUAUGUGCCCACAUUUCAGCCACAACAGCCCAAAGAGUUUGGCGGUUGGUUUGUGGUUUAUCAAAUAUUUGUUAUAGUCUGGUUUAUAUUCUCAUUGGGUUAUCUAUUGAUGAUAAUGACAUUCAUAACAAGAGGUUUACAAAGUAAAAAAUUAUCACAAUUGGAGCAGCAAUUAUCAUCGAAUAUUAAAGCUACACAACAUAGAAUAUGGAGCGGAGUUACCAAAGAUGUGGGCUAUCUAAGGCGUAUACUGAAUGAGUUGUAUAUAUUGAAAUUUAAGCCCGUUUAUACCGAUGAAGAAGAGUUUGAGCAAUCCCUACAUCGUUCCAAUUCUUGCCCCGAACUCACCAUGUAUCGCGUGGAUCCCGUGCCCAUACCCAGUCGCAAAAGAGCCUUCUCCGAGUGCUACGAUGCGGUGGAGGCUAGAGGUUCUACCUUUAUGGUACAUGCCUCCUCUGAUACAGAACUCAAUCGUAUUGAUCGCACGAAAUCCUUUGAAACGGCCGAAGCCUUUAGACAAACUACCGGCCUGUUGGCUAAAGUGGUGGGUGCUUUAGCGGCGGUUAAACCGCCCGCCGAAGAAGAGGAUACCACUUUGGGAGCCAGCAGCAUGUAUGGCGGCUAUCAUGGCUUCUCCGAUUCACAGAUAUUGGCCAGUGAAUGGUCAUUCCCGGCUGCUAAUGAGGUGCCGCGUCCUAGAGGUCGAGCUUGCUCGGACUUUAAUCUAAAUCCCAAGCCCCGUGUCAGGCGCACAACAGUGGCCGGCCAUAAUGAGUGGACCUGGAGUGGUGACAAUGAUCAAAUACAAGAGGCUAUUAAUGUUAGAAGUCGUCAAAUGGAUCGUGAUAGAGAAAAUCUGUACCGCAGUAGUUUCGGUCUACCCAGCUUAGACUAUCGGGUCGAGAUGGAAGAUGAGGAAAUGGCACGCAAACCCAGUAGGGUUAAGAAAUUCUCCAUGCCAGAUGGUUUCCGCAAACUGUUGCCCUUUAAGAAAAGGCCAUCACAGGCUGAAUUUUCUGGUACAGACAUUGAAAAGGCUAAUAGUCGUAAAUUCUCGGUGGUUAGUGUGCCGGAGAUUAUGCAGCAUCAAUCACCAGCUUUGGAUUACUACAGCACCGUAACGGCCAAUGCCAGUCCCACCUUCUUCCGCAAUGGCAAAGCUUUGCCCAUAUCUCAGCUAAAUCCCUCUCAAGGUAGUCUUAAUAAGUCUUCAACCAUAACAAAUGGCCAUUUGCCAGAGUCCAAUGUAAUUUCCAAUACUUCCUACCAAAGAAAUGUGCCCCAGGGAGCAGCUCGCAGACGUAGAGAUUCUAUAUUUGCCCAAAAUCCUGUUUUGGCCCAUCGCAAAGGCAGUCUGUAUCCACCAGCGGCUCUUAGCCAAAGAAGAGGUAGUCUAUUUAACACUGAACGUAGAGGCAGCACGGCCUCGUCUGCCGGCAUGCCGCCACCACGCAGAGGCAGUCUUUUCCCCAUGGCCGCCAAUGCCAACAGAAGAGGCAGUAUUUUGUCUAAUACCUCGCAAGAAGAAAUGGAUGUUUUGGAAAAUACUACGCUGGCCGAUUUAAUAAGAGCUUUGGAAAUGGUGCACACCCAGGCGGUAUUAGAGGAGGCCACAGAAGCCUCUAAUGCAGCCACUCAAUCGGGAAGUGGUGGCCUGUCGGGCAUAUUCAAAAAGAAACGUAAGGCCAGCACUAGUGCCAUAGAUCCACCACCUUUGCCACCAAUUUUAUCCUUGUUUGGCAAUGAUAAUGCCACUCUCAAGGCAGCCGCUGCCAAUCGUUUGUAUGCCCGCAGAUCCACCAUAGUGGGCACAUUGCCGCAAACUAGCCAACAACUCAAUCAGUCUUCCAUAACUAGCAACAACAACAAUGUAUUAACCAGAAGACGUCUAUCAACAGUACAAAUCCUGGAGCCACCACCCAGUUACAGUGAGCAAGCCAGCGUGCCAUCAACACAAAGUAAAUUCAAGAGGCGUUUUAGUGUUAGGCCCACAGCUUUGCAGAUACCUCCCGGAAAAGCACCACCGCCCGGGGUAAACAUUAACACGGUAACAGAGGCUGUGGAUAUGGCUGCUGCCAAUAAACCUCAGGGUUUAACUCUACCCUCUCAAACAGUGCUGCAAAGGCGCUUGUCUCUAAGACCCUCACCCUUGGCCUCCAAUCCCACCAUAACCACCACUGCACCCGAUGGUUCACCCACUAGUCCUACAACUUCAGCAGCAGCCAGUAGCAGCACUACACGUUUGUUACCCUUACCAGCACGUCCCUCAAACACCAGCACACAUUCCCCGCUUUCACGCAUAGUGCAAAUAUCACAAGCUCAACGCAAAUCCAGCAUGCCCGAUGGCUUGGCGCCACGUAAAACCGAUAAAUAAUCAUAAGGUUUUUUUUUCUUUUUAUUUCUAUUUACCAAAAUGUACACUUAGUUUGAGGUACUCUCUCUCUCUAUUUAGGCAGCCAAUUCACCGUGAAUGUUUGGCCAAAAAGUGCCAUUUAAAGUUAAUGUUAUUGUUAUUAUAUCUAUUUUUUGUUUAGCUAAUUUAAAAUGUUGACAGUUACUGUCUGUAGUUUUCUUUAACUCGUAACUAUACUUAAUACAUUUUUGUCAUGAUAAAAAUGGUUGGCAACAGAAACAUAUCAGUUUAUUAUUGUUAUGACAAAAAUGUCACAGCUUCUGCUCCCACAACUUUGUCUUGACAUUUAACGUCAUUAAAUGUUGUGAUAAAUAUUUGCCAAGUAUAGAUACGAUGUUAAGCAUAGGCUUUUUAAUGUUUUAGCUGCAUAAAUUUCAAAUUUAUGUAGACUUUUCUUAAGUAUAAUUUUUGUUUCCUGAAAAUUGCCAAAUAUAUUUUUUAAAUAAAGACAAUAUUUAGUUUGUAGGUAUUUUUUUUAGUAUUUUAAGUCUAGCAAAUAUAUUAUACAUAAAUUACAUUGUUUUGUAAUUAUAAACGAGCAAAUAUGAACAAAUUUUUAAUAAAAAAAAUUAAUAAAUAUUUGAAAAAUUCAAAAAAAAAUAA